CCUGCAUGCGCGCAGCUCUAGCCCCGGGCGGCCGCGGCAGCAGCGGCAGCGCCGGAGCCCAAGGCAGCGGGACGCGGAGAGGAGCGCGGAGCCCGGGAGGAGCCCCGGGUCCCCGCCGGACCAUUGUGACUGUCUAGCGCCCGGGUGCGCGGCAAAGACGAGGACCCGACUCUUUUGAAUCUCCCGGCGUCUGAGCGCGGGGAGACUCUUGGUAUUUUCUAAUUCAACUCGUGGAUUGGAACGUGGCUCCGCUCCAAACGCGGCCGGUGACUUGUAGGACCCCAGCCCUGGCCUCGGCCGCCGCGCACGCCCUCGGAAGACUCGGCGGGGUAGGAGCGCGAGCCGGCCGCGAGUGUCUCUGUGCGCACCACGGGCGGGCCGAGGGCUGAUUGGAGGGGGGGGGGGUGCCCGGAGAACCAAUUUGGGAUUUGUUGUGAACAGCAUGGAGGAGAAUGACCCCAAGCCCAGCGAAGCGGCGGCGGUGGAGGGGCAGCGACAGCCGGAAUCCAGCCCCAGUGGCGGCUCGGGCGGCGGCAGCAGCCCGGGCGACGCGGACACUGGCCGCCGGCGGGCUCUGAUGCUGCCCGCGGUCCUGCAGGCGCCAGGCAACCACCAGCACCCGCACCGCAUCACCAACUUCUUCAUCGACAACAUCCUGCGGCCCGAGUUCGGCCGGAGAAAGGACACGGGGACGUGCUGUGCCGGCGCGGGAGGAGGAAGAGGCGGUGGAGCCGGCGGGGAAGGCGGCGCGGGCGGCGCGGAAGGAGGCGGCGGCGCGGGCGGCGCCGAACAGCUCCUGGGGUCGGGUCGAGAGGCCCGGCAGAACGUGCCCAGCGCGCCCGGUGCGGGCGGGCCGCUGCCCGGCGGCGGCGGCGGCGACUCUCCGGGCGACGGGGAAGGCGGCUCCAAGGCGCUCUCGCUGCACGGCGGCGCCAAGAAAGGCGGCGACGCCGGGGGCCCCCUGGACGGGGCGCUCAAGGCCCGCGCCUUGGGCGGCGGCGACCUAUCGGUGAGCUCGGACUCGGACAGCUCGCAGGCCAGCGCCAACCUGGGCGCGCAGCCCAUGCUUUGGCCGGCCUGGGUCUACUGCACGCGCUACUCGGACCGGCCUUCUUCAGGUCCCAGGUCUCGCAAACCAAAGAAGAAGAACCCCAACAAAGAAGACAAGCGGCCCCGCACGGCCUUCACGGCAGAGCAGCUGCAGAGGCUCAAGGCCGAGUUCCAGACCAACAGGUACCUGACCGAGCAGCGGCGCCAGAGCCUGGCACAGGAGCUCAGCCUCAACGAGUCACAGAUCAAGAUUUGGUUCCAGAACAAGCGCGCCAAGAUCAAGAAGGCCACGGGCAACAAGAACACGCUGGCCGUGCACCUCAUGGCGCAGGGUCUGUACAACCACUCCACCACCGCCAAGGAGGGCAAGUCGGACAGCGAGUAGGGCGGGCGGGUGCCGGGGUCUGGUCUCGGCCCGCGCUAAACAAUGCAAUAAUUUAAAAUCAUAAAGGGCCAGUGUAUAAAGAUUAUACCAGCAUUAAUAGUGAAAAUAUCGUGUAUUAGCUAUGGUUCUGCAAUAUUCUAUGUAUAUAUAAUUUACAGGUGGUGUAAAAUCCAAAAUAUCUGACUAUAAAAUAUUUUUUGAGUUUUUCUGUGUUUAUGAGAUUAUGCUAAUUUUAUGAUUUUUCUUUUUUUUUGCGAAGGGGGCUGCUUAGGGUUUCAUCUUUUCUAAUCCCCUAGGCUCCAUUGUGGGACAUGGGACACUUUUAUUUUUUAAUUUCAAAAGAAGAAAAAAAUUAAAACAACUUGCUGAAGUCCAAAGAUUUUUAUUGCUGCAUUUCACACGACUGUGAA